GGACAUGUGUAUGAAGUGUGAUUGAGAUAUAUAGCAGAUAAGAUAUCUAGUAAGAAAAGUUCAAGAGGUUAAUUAUUGUAGUAUAUAUGCAUGUAUAGCGAUUAGCGUCUUCACAAUGAUCAGACACGUCUCCUGAGUAAUGAACAAAGGGCGGCACCAAAUCCCAUUGACUUGGAUCCAAUUCUCUUCCAUCGCCAUUUCUCAUCACCUCUCGCCUUGUAUGUAUAUAUAUAUGCACCUCUUUCACCUUCCUACAGCUAGCUAGCCACUCUCGCUUUCCAAUAAUAGAGCUAUAUAUCGCAGUAUACUCUCUCUCUCUGACGAGAUCAAAGAUUUCUGAAACUUGAUCAAAAUGACGAAGCCUGCUUCCGACGAUCAAAAGAACGGAUUGAAGAAAGGCCCGUGGACCCCUGAAGAAGAUCAGAAGCUCAUCGAUUACAUUCAUGAACAUGGACACGGAAAAUGGCGUACUCUUCCCAAGAAUGCUGGACUCAAGAGAUGUGGAAAGAGUUGCCGUCUGCGCUGGACAAAUUACUUGAGGCCAGACAUUAAGAGAGGUAGAUUCUCUUUCGGGGAAGAAGAAACCAUCAUCCAGUUACACAGUGUUCUGGGCAACAAGUGGUCCACCAUUGCCGCUAGCUUGCCGGGAAGAACGGAUAAUGAGAUCAAGAAUUAUUGGAACACCCAUAUCAAGAAGAAGCUACUGAAGAUGGGGAUCGAUCCAGUGACUCACACACCGUGCUUGGAUUUUCAACAACUCUCCUCCAUUCUCAACUCUUCUCUCCACAACUCACCUCAUGUUAACUAUCCCGAUCCUCUCUAUGGAAUGGGAAAUAACACAUUAAAUCCAAGCCUCUUGAGUUUGCUCACAGCUUUCUUAUCACCACCACCACCACCACCACCACCACCAUCUCAGAACCCAGAUGCUGUAAAUCAAAGUUUCCAGCAAAGCCAGCAGCUUAAUAACUCAAUCCAAACCUUCCCUCUCCAAGACAACCAAUCCUGUGCUGCUUCUCAGCCUUUACGUCUGGAACCUCAUCAACUCAUGAAAGCAAAACUGGAUCAAAUGAUCUCUCCAGGUACCGCUAAUUUCAGCUACCAAAAUAGCCUGCCAAAUGUGGGGCAGCAAGAAGGAGGUCCUUACUCUACCAGUCUUGUGGAAAAUCAGAUUGCACAUAACAAGAGGGGCGAGCCGAAUUUCAAUUUAGGGUCUUUGAUAUCGUACUCGACACCUUCAUCUUCCGCUAGUCCGAGCACUUUGAACUCGUCCGCAUCUUCUAUAACAUUUGUCAACGGUGCCACUGAAGAGGAAAGGGACACUUACUGCAGCAACAUGUUGGUGUAUAACAUCUCAAACGGCUUAAAUAUUGAUGGCUCUGGACUUUUGUGACUUUGUGAUGCGAGAGAGUGAACUGGAGUGCAAAUUGUGCUACGCUAGGCAGAUUUGUCGGUGCAGCUGAAGAUUUAUUUGUUUGGGUUUCAGAAUUUGGUUCUGACAUAUGAAUCAGUUUACUGCUUACUUGAUCGUUGUACGUUCAUCCAUUAUUUUAACCUUUUUUUUCCAUUUAUCUAAUUUAAUUAUUUGCUUUAAUUUGGAGAUCUUGGAUCAAUAGUGCAGGAACUUAGUAUUAUUGCAAAACAUAUAGGAGUCAUUUGGACGAAAUUUAGUAAAUGAAUAGUACUUGGACAUUGUUUACUCAAGAAUAACGCUUCAUAUUUUGUCCUCG